UCUCCCACUGUUUAGUCGCUUCUCUCCACAAAAGUCAUUCAUUCAUCUCAUUGGUGGUGGCAUUCCCUACAAUGCUGCCGUAAUUUUUAAACAUUUCCCUAUUGUCAGCGAUCGUUUGCUUACAUUUGUAUGUAUUUGCAUACAGAUCGCAUUUUCGUCCGUCUCCCUAGCGUGUGUUGAGUUAGUUUAGUUUAUUGUGAGCUAAUCAGUACCGCCGGCGGCUACUAAGUCUCACUACAUUGUUGUUACUUUUAUUUUUUAUUUUUUUUAUUAAAGUGUGAGUGUUGCUGCGUCGUUCUCUGUGCUUUGUUAGACUUAAAGAAGAGAGGGGGAAAAAAUACAGAAAUACCGAAAGAAAAACAUUUAUUUCGAAUUAAUAUUUGAUUUUUCAAAACAUUUACAAGUUCAGAUUCGUUUGAGGCGUGCGCGUGAACGGACGUUGUUAAUUCGUGUUUAAGUAAUCGUUGUUAAAUAUAAAAAAAAAAUAAAAAUAAAAAAUAAAUAAUCAAGAAAGUGUUGAUGCAAACCUGUUGUAAUAGAAAAUUAGUGUGGCGUAUUAAAUUUUAUAUGUAAAUAUUUAAGUGCAAAAGUGGUGUAAAUAUAUUUUGAUUGAAAGGCCGUCGAAAGCAAUUACCGCUUAUAAAUCGAAUUAUUAAAUUUUUUUGAAUGAAAACAACAUUCAGUCAAAAGUUUUGUCACUAAUCUACAAAUAGAAAAUGGCAUACUCAACAGCAGCCAAAUCAGUCUUCAUCUCGAUAGCUGUGAUAAUAACAAUAUUUUGCAGUUUUAUCGCAUCAGUCGAUGCCAUACGUUGUCACCAAUGUAAUUCCCAUCUGCAGGAGGAUUGUAAUGCGUUACGUUUAAUUACACCACGUGCGCCGCUUGACGAUCAAUUCCUUGAAGAGUGUUCAGAACCAAAUAUGUUUUGCCGCAAAACAGUUACAACAAUCGAAGUGAGUGGUGAGAAUCGCGUCAUACGCAGUUGUGGCAAGCUGGAAAGCUAUGUAGGUGAGAAGAAAGACUAUUGUUUUGAUGCUGACAAUGAGGGCUACAAACAGACCAUCUGUACCUGUUAUGAGGAUGGCUGUAAUGCGGCACCACCACGUCUGGCCACUGGCGACCACAUGACCAUGUUGAGUGCGACUGGGUUGUGUGUAUUGGUGGCACGUCUGUUGCGGAUUAGUGCUUAGAUAGCGUUAAUGUAUGUGGCAAAUACUAUAUGGAGAUACAUGUGGAUGUAAGGAAUACUAAAUUUACAUUGUAGGAUAAUGAAAAUUGGAAAUGCUUUGCGCUAAAAAGCUGACGGCUGAGAAAUGUUUAAAGUCUAUUUCGAUGCUUUUUUUUAAUUUUUUUUUUUGUUUGGUAUAAGUCUUCAUUAAAGCAAAUGUAACUUAAUGUGCAAACUUUUGGACUCGAUUUAUAAAUUAUCACUUAAUAAAAUUAAUGCAUACAUUUUCUAGUAGAAGUAAGUUUGAA